AGGUUCAACAUAAUUUUGUGUCUGGUGCUACCUCAACACAGGUUUACACAUCGACGGAGAGCACCACAAAGAUAACAUUAAUUGCAGAUAAUGCUUCUCACCUGCCACUGUCUGAAUUUCAAGCUACGGACAAGUCAGGGCAUUAAUUUUACAUGUAGAUCAGAUAUUGCAGGUCUACCUAAUGAGUAUGGCCAGUGUGACUUUUUUCAGAAAAAACUGGAUGAAAUUGAGAUAACAGAUGGCAGCUUGUCACAGGAGCAGUCCUACCUGUUCCACAAGCGACAGUUGGGAGACUGGGUGUUACAUCGCUGUCUGUGUUGUGGAAUAGAUACUCAUGCUGUUUGUACCAAGGGGAGACCACCCAAGGUGCUAGUCAGUGACAUGCUUCAGACGGAUUCUCUGGUGAUAGAGAGGUUACAUCAGUCACCUGACUUCUCACAGGUGUUUGGUAUCGUCAUGACUACACCAGAAAGUGACAUCCAUUCUGGCAGUAUGCCAGAUUCUUCUUCCCGUAACUAUGAAUCUCUACAAUCUCAGCUCAAUAAUAUACAGCAGCACUUGAGUAGCUAUCUGCUGCAGGAGGAGGCUGCUAUGGAAGAAAGGAUCCGAACAUAUGAGGAAGAAGAACGAGAGCGUUUUCAGAGAUUACAGAAUAAAGUUAGAAAUGACAAGAAGAAAAUGGUCAGUUUACUUCUGACAGCGUCUGAGAGUCAGUCAAAGGAUGCUGGUGUUGGAGGGAAAAGGAAUCAAGGAUCUGGAGAUGGAAGGAAAGUGGACAGGAAACCCGUAGGGAGUUCCUCCUCUGCUAUGACUGUCCCUGGACACAGCUCAAAACACCUUAAUAUCAGCAGGACAAAGUCCAAUCCAGCGCCAAAAAUCCAUUCCAUCAGCGAGUACCAGGAAAAUCCAGAUUCGGAAGCCAUGUUUAUGUUGGAUGAUGCUGGGGAUGGUGGGCCAGAAGCUUUCUACUCUUCCGAGGAUGAGGACGAGGAGGAGGAGGAGGAUACUGAUAGUACGAGUGAGAGAAACAGGACAAUGGCCUCAAUGAAGUCCUCCAUCUAUUCCUCCUCCAUGCCCAUCUCUGUGCCAAUCUGGAACAGGACUGGACUGGAUGAUGGCGUCGGUGACAAGCUAACCCCGAGUGACCCUGAUCAGAUAGCUGCCUCCAUGCAGGCGCUUGCCCAAAGUAUUACAAGUGAUGAACGCUACAUCUUCGGUGACCGACCACGCCCAAGGCUCAACACAGGUGACUUCAAGCGCCCAGUUUUCGAUGCAGAUCGUUACAAGAAGUGAAGAAAAUACAGUUUUGGGUUUGGAGACGGUGAUAAAAACCUUACAUACUAAGUCAUUGAUUUUUUCAUUGUGAGGCCGAGAGAUAGGCUCAUACACAGACAUUAUGUUUGACCUAGAGGAAGUCAACGUUUGUUUCAUUUUGACUUAUUAAAUUAUACAUCAUGAGUAAGUUUGCAUUAUUGGUGCAUUCUGGGAGAUCAGGUAUAGAUACCUUAGCUUGUACAGACAGAUUUCAUGUGUAUGAAGAUCUUGUACGUAAAACAAUAACAUGAGAAGAGAGAUAUCAUGAAGGCAUAUCUCGUUCAAUGAUUUUGUAAAUAAAGCUGGUGCACACAGUGAUCUUGCAGAAAAAAAUUAAGCCUGCAAAUAGAGGCUUGUUUUGUAGACAGAUCUUGGUUGUAGAAAAAUCAUAGUUGAAACAUCUUACAUAUCUUGAAUGUUCAGAUUGUUCACACAGAGAUUGUGUGUGGAGAGGUUGUCAUGGAGAAGUUUGGCAUUUUAGAGAGUAUAGGUCUAGUCCAAAGUUCUCAAAAAAUCGCACAAAGUCAGACUACGUUUUUUGAAAACUUUUUUUGUUGCGUUAACAUAAGUACAUAUGGUUUUAUUAAUCUUUCUUUUUCUUACCUAAUUAACAAUUAUCAGAAACUGCAUGCAAGUUUUGCUAUCAGUAAAGAAAAUAAACAAAAACUUCAGUUUUUUCUCCGAUUUUAGUUUUCACUCACCUGAAAAUUGCACGGCUUGGAUUUUUAGAAAGUCUGGAAAUGUAAUAAGAAAUAAUGUCAAUAAUUAUUUAUAUGUCAAAUUUGUUAGAAGUGCGCAUGCAUUCAUAACAAGAUAAAUUCAAGAUAGGGCCUAGUAUCUUAGAUUGAACAAGGAACAGUUUCUAAAAUCAGAUUGUACGAGGAACAGUUUAGAAAAUCAGAUUGUACGAGGAACAGUUUAGAAAAUCAGAUUGUACAAGGAACAGUUUAGAAAAUCAGAUUGUACGAGGAACAUUUACCAAAAUCAGAUUGUACAAGGAACAGUUAAGAAAAUUAGAUUGUACAAGGAACAGUUUAGAAAAUCAGAUUGUACAAGGAACAGUUAAGAAAAUCAGAUUGUACAAGGAACAGUUAAAAAAAUUAGAUUGUACAAGGGACAGUUUAGAAAAUCAGAUUGUACAAGGAACAGUUAAGAAAAUCAGAUUGUACAAGGAACAGUUUAGAAAAUCAGAUUGUACGAGGAACAGUUACCAAAAUCAGAUUGUACAAGGAACAGUUAAGAAAAUUAGAUUGUACAAGGAACAGUUAAGAAAAUCAGAUUGUACAUGGAACAGUUUAGAAAAUCAGAUUGUACGAGAAACAGUUUAGAAAAUUAGAUUGUACAAGGAACAGUUUAGAAAAUCAGAUCGUACGAGGAACAGUUACCAAAAUCAGAUUGUACAAGGAACAGUUAAGAAAAUUAGAUUGUACAAGGAACAGUUAAGAAAAUUAGAUUGUACAAGGGACAGUUUAGAAAAUCAGAUUGUACAAGGAACAGUUAAGAAAAUUAGAUUGUACAAGGAACAGUUAAGAAAAUUAGAUUGUACAAGGUACAAGUUAACUUUUAAUGUCUAUAUCAUAUAUGCAUACAUGUGCUGAAUAUAUUGUUGUGUUUUACAGAAUUGUGACGUGUUUGGAUAUUGCUAAAUUGUUACUCAUCAGUGGGCAUCUUUUAUAUAAGAAUCUUUUAAUGUUUAAGUCCAUGAUAAAAAGUUGUGUUUGAAUGAAAAUGUUGUAGCAGCACAGUAUCAUAAAUCAUAAUAUCUCUUUCACUCAAUUAUGUUUUGGAACUGUGACGUAGGUCCUAUGCACAUUAAAGUUAUGCAGUUAUCCAAUUACAGUAAUACAUAAUUACAUGCUUGAUAAACAUACUUAACUAAUACACGAACAUAAACUCUAGUCUAGAAAUAUUUAAUUUAACACUUAGAAUAACUAUAGAGAGGUAAUUAUCAAAUUUUACUAAUCACAGACUUCAUAAGUCAUGCGUAAAUAGUCGAUUGUGAAAAUACUUAAACAAAACUAUUUGGAGAUAAUCAUUAUCAAGCAUGUUAAAUCCAGUCACCACAUCUAUUUGCCCUACACUCUUGUGUAUCAGGGGACAGAUUGUUCCACUGUCUAGCUUGAGUUUUUGGGGGACAGAUUGGCCCAAUAUCUGGAGAGAGGUGUUAGGGACAGAUUGGCCCAAUAUCUGGAGAGAGGUGUUAGGGACAGAUUGGCCCAAUAUCUGGAGAGAGGUAUUAGGGACAGAUUGGCCCAAUAUCUGGAGAGAGGUGUUAGGGACAGAUUGGCCCAAUAUCUGGAGAGAGGUGUUAGGGACAGAUUGGCCCUAUAUCUGGAGAGAGGUGUUAGGGACAGAUUGGCCCAAUAUCUAGCUUCAGUUCUAGGGGACAGAUUGGCCCUAUAUCUGGAGAGAGUUGUAGGGAAAUGAUUGACCCAACAUCUAGCUUCAGUUCUAGGGGACAGAUUGGCCCUAUAUCUGGAGAGAGUUGUAGGGGAAUGAUUGACCCAACAUCUAGCUUCAGUUCUAGGGGACAGAUCGUUCGACUGUCUAGCUAGAGUUCUAGGGGACAGAUUGGCCCAGUAUCUGGAGAUAGUUGUAGGGGACAGAUUUGCCCACUAUAUAGAGAGAGCUAGAGGACAGAUUGGCCAACUAAUUAGCUAGAAUUUUAGGGAACAAUAUUGACAAUACAGCAUUGUUCUAGUAACCCAGCCAUUUUACAGAUGUUUCACAAUUCAGACACUGUAGUUGUGACAAACAUGUCCCGAACACCGAGUCUCCACUGUACAGGCCAAUCAAUCACACUGCUCAAUUGAUGACACACUUAAAAGUCUGUCCUAAUGCGUGUAGGAGGUUGGUUGUUUGGUUGUAACAUACUAUAGUGGUAGUGUUGUUAUGAUUUAUAUCUUAGACAACAUGAAAUAAUAAAUAUGAAGAAGACAAACAGGUGUGGAAGCUAAUAUCAAAGAUUUACUUUACACACAACCAAUAUAUGUAUUAAACGUAUUGCCAUGUUUCAAGAAUGUCUCCUGUGUUGAGCUGUGAUAUAGCUACCCAAAGAGACCAGUUGGUCUUGAAAGGUUGCGACACAUUUAAUACGUUCAUUGUUUGUGUAGAAAGUAAAACUUUGAUAUUUCAUAUUUUCAAACUGAUGCAUCUUGUUAAAUGUAUGGAAGCUGUAUGAAAUUUUACAUGUGUUUUAAUUAUUAGUUAUUUGAUUGCUACAGAAACAAAUGUUCAUACAUGUACAUACAAAUUAGCAUUUGAGAAAAUGGUUUUAGCAGUUUUCAAGAAUAAUAACAAAACUAAUGUAUAAUUAUAUACAUCAUUUUGAAAUUUCUAGUUAAAGCCAACGUGAUGUUUAAUAAAUCAUUCAAAUAUUACUGUACAAACAUUGAAAAUAAUGAAUAUCUCGUCAUAUGGCUGUACAUAUAGAGGCAGUUAAAAUCGUUACACAGUGCAUAAACAUUUGCCAGUGAUCUUGUGGUGUCUCAAGUAGUAUUUGACAACAUUUUAAGGGAUUUGAAGAAUAAAGAGUUAUUUUUGAGGACAUUGGUAUGGUAAUGUCUAGGACCUCACUAACGGUGUCGUAGGCAUUAUCACUGAUAUUUUUUAUUUUUUUAUGAAGCGGCACGUUUUUGCUUUUAGUUGGUUAGUGACUUGUUUGCACAACUAUACAUAUACUAUAUAUGUACAUACUUGUACUUGGCUUUCUGACCAUACACCUGAGUGUAGGAUUGCAGACAGGGUACUCUGGUCUGCAUAUAUUGUAAACGUGUAGUGUAAUGAGGUAUGGAAGUGCCUGCAGUUGGUCCAUUUAGUAAGUUAGUGCACAAUAGCCUCACGCGAAUGUAAAUACGUUUGUAUAUGGAUUGUAGGUUUAUAGAAUGUAUUGAUUUUGAACCCAUUGCCAACAGGAAUAUUUACACACAUAAGAAUUUCCACUUAACAAUAUAUAUGACAUACAAUGAUAUGUAGGCUUGUAGAUCUGGGACCUUAUGCUUCACUUGUUCCUGAACAACCGUAUCUUACCACAUGGUGACGCCCAACCUGCUACAGCAGAUGAAAGGUCUAUGUUCUUACUUAACCAUAAUGUUAUGACAGAAUGCCUGUAGUGGUUGUAGGGUAAAUGCUACAAAUUUUCCACAAUAUAUUUUGUCUCUAAUCCUGUGGUUGGUAAUCUUCUGUUGAGUGUUUUCGAGGUGUCUGACUUCAAGCCGAAUGAUGAAGUGGAUUGAUGAAGUUCAGUUACCAUUUACUGAAGAUCUCCUGAAAGGGGGUUAACUCACUUGUUACAUAAUCUGAGUUUGUUAUGUAUACUAUAUACUGAUAUGUGCAGACUAUUUUAUUUUCAUACUUGUUAUAUUUUUAGCUCACCUGGCCCAAAGGGCCAAGUGAGCUUAUGCCGUGGUGCGGCGUCCGUCAUCCAUCCGUCGUCUGUCUCCCAGCGUCAAUAUUUUACUUUAAACAACUUCUUCUUAAUAACCAAAAAGCCUAUGGUGAUGAUAUUUUGCAAACUUGGA